AUGCCAAGCGCUACAUCGCCGCCGCCGGGCCCUGACCCCACCCUCCACCUCCCGCGUAUCCUCUGCCUCCACGGCGGCGGCGUCAACGCCUCCGUCUUCAAGGUCCAGUGCCGCGCCCUCAUCUCCCGUCUCAAGAACAGCUUCCGUCUCGUCUUCGUCGACGGACCCUUCAUGUGCGCCCCUCACCACGACAUCGUCUCCGUCUAUGGCGACUAUGGUCCCUUCCGCCGCUGGCUCCGUUGGCUUCCUGAGCACCAGGCCGUAGACGCCGAGACGGCGUCCGCCGAGAUCCACUUCCAGCUACGCAUGGCAAUGGACGACGACGACGCCAUCGGCGCGACGGGGGAGUGGGUGGGGUUGCUGGGAUUCAGCCAGGGGGCCAAGAUCAGUGCCAGCUUGAUGUACACGCAACAACAGCUGAAGAAGAAGUACGGCAAGCGCAUCACGUCGGCGGGCGGCUCAGCAGACUGGAAGUUUGGCGUGCUGCUCGCGGGCAGAGCGCCGUUGAUUGUACUCGACGACAGGUUAGAAGUGCCGCAGGGUGUUGGCGACGCAGCUGAGGCGAGCGUCGAGUUCCACGACUGGCCGACAGGCCCUGGAACGGACCACGUCUUGAAGCUGCCGACGAUUCACGUCCACGGCAUGAAGGAUGCUGGGUUAGACCAUCACCGGGUGUUGCUCAAGCAGUAUUGCCAACCGGGUACGACACGAUUGGUCGAAUGGGACGGUGCUCACCGCGUGCCUAUCAAGACAUGGGACGUGGAAGCGGUCGCGACACAGAUUCUCGAUCUCGGAAGGGAUCUGGGAAUCGUGAGGGAGGAGAUUGAGGUAUAG